CUCAAGAGAGCCAAAGGUUUUGCAUAAGUUCUAUUAUCUAUAGCAUGGUCCGGUAGAUUUGCUAUAAAGUAUCUUUUAUUUGAUCAAUGGAGAAUUACAGGUGGCAAGCAUAAGGGCUACUGUUUUCAUUAUCGUGGAGAACCCUCGGCCAAGGAUUUGUAGCUUGAUAAAGUUGACUUUGACUCUGACUUAGACUUUUUAAAAAGAGAUUCAUCUCUUUUCUCUCAGACCCGGUGGCAAAGAGCUCAUUCAGACAAGGUAAUAUGGCUGAGGCAGUUGUGUCGUUUGGAGUUGAGAAGCUAUGGGAGCUCCUGAGUCGAGAGUCCGAAAGAUUGACUGGAACAGACGAGCAAGUUGCUGGACUAAAGCGUCAGCUUGGAAGGUUACAGUCCUUGUUGAAAGACGCAUACGCCAAGAAACAUGAGAGCGAAAGGGUGAGAAACUUCUUGGAAAACGUCAAGGACAUUGUCUAUGACGCUGAGGACAUAAUCGAAUCCUUUCUUCUCAAAGAGUUUGGAGGAAAAGAGAAAGCGAUCAAGAAGCGUGUGAAAAGACUUGCUUGCUUCUUAGUGGAUCGCCGCAAAUUCGCAUUAGAUAUCGAAGCCAUAACUAAGAGGAUCUCCGAGGAGAUUGAGGGGAUGCAGAGUUUUGGAUUACAGCAGAUUAUCAAUGGUGGUCCUUCACUGCCAUUGCAAGACAGAGAAAGGGAGAUCAGACAAACGUUUUCUAAGAGCUCUGAAAACGAUCUUGUCGGGGUUGAGCAGAGUGUUGAAGAGCUGGUUUCCCAUUUGGUUGGUAAUGAUAGCGUUCAAGUGGUUUCUAUAUCAGGGAUGGGCGGUAUUGGUAAAACCACACUCGCCAGGCAAGUCUUUCAUCACGACACUGUCAGGCGUGGUUUUGAUGGGUUCGCAUGGGUCUGUGUUUCGCAGCAGUUUACUCGGAAGUAUGUUUGGCUGAGGAUCUUGCAAGAUCUUAGGCCGCAUGAUGAGGAUAUAAUGAAGAUGGACGAACAUACACUCCAGGGUGAAGUCUUUGGAUUGUUGGAAACCGGUAGAUAUUUGGUUGUACUGGAUGAUGUAUGGAAAGAAGAAGACUGGGACCGAAUCAAACCAGUGUUUCCACAGAAGAGAGGUUGGAGGAUGCUACUUACUUCUCGCAAUGAGGGCAUUGGAUUACAUGCAGAUCCAACAAGUUUUGCCUUUAAACCAAGAACCUUAAUUACUCCAGAAGAAAGUUGGGAGCUAUGUGAGAGGAUACUGUUCCCUUGGAGAGCCCAAAAUGGAUUAAGGCUUGAUGAAGAAAAGGAAGUUAUGGGAAAGGAAAUGAUCACAUACUGUGGAGGACUACCACUAGCCAUUAAAGUGCUAGGAGGGUUAUUAGCUAAGAAACAUACGGUUGCUGAGUGGAAAAGAGUUCAUGACAAUAUCGGAGCUCAGAUUGUUGGAAAAUCUGGCUUAAACUACAACAAUCCCAGUUCGGUUUUUAGAGUAUUGUCUCUGAGCUAUGAAGAUUUGCCUAUGAAGUUAAAACAUUGCUUCCUUUACCUUGCCCAUUUCCCUGAAGACUACAAGAUAGAAGUGAAGACACUGUUCAAUUACUGGGCUGCAGAAGGAAUCAUCACCUCGUUGUACGAUGGAUCAUCAACCAUUCAAGAUAGUGGAGAAGGCUACUUAGAAGAGUUAGCAAGGAGAAACAUGGUUAUUGUUGAAGAGAGCUGUUUGAGUUCGAGAAUGGAACGUUGUCAAAUGCAUGACAUGAUGAGAGAAGUAUGUUUAUUUAAAGCCAAAGAAGAGAGCUUUCUUCAACUCGUCAAAGUCCCUACUUCCACCUUCACCAUCAAUGCUGAGUCUCCUUGUAGAUCUCGCAGACUCGUUGUACAUAGUGGAGAUGCACUUGACAUGUUAGGACAUAAAAACAACCUUAAAGCCAGGUCUGUUUUGGUUUUUGGAGCAGAAGAUAACUGUUGGAAGCUUCCAUGUUUUGGAAACUUACCAUUGCUCAGGGUUUUAGAUCUUUCUUACGUACAGUUCAAAGGAGGGAAGUUACCUCCCAGCAUCGGAGAGAUCGUCCACUUGAGAUUCUUGAGCUUAUACGAGGCUAAUGUAUCUCACCUCCCGUCUUCUCUGCGGAAUCUAAAGCUUCUGCUAUGUUUGAACCUAAGCGUUGCUGAUAUGUUACACCUUGUCCACGUCCCAAACGUUUUGAAAGAGACGCAAGAGCUUAGGUACCUUCUCUUACCACGUUCAAUGCAUGACAAAACCAAGCUGGAGCUAGGUGGUCUAGUGAACCUAGAGUCCUUGACCAACUUCUCAACCAAACACAGUUCUGUGACAGACCUCCUCCGCAUGACCAAGCUCAGAGCUCUCAGUGUAAGAUUCACCGGCGGGUGUACUUUCCAGACCCUGUCCUCAUCUCUUCAUAAACUGAGAAAUCUAGAGACGCUUAGUGUACAUGAUCGCCAGAAAACACGUGCGGCUGAUAAUCAUGGAGGAGGUGACAUCGUUCUUGAUUUUAUUCAUCUAAAGGACUUAACAUUGUCAAUGCACAUGCCAAGGUUUCUUGAUCAGUAUCGGUUCCCUCCACACCUUGCACACAUAUGGCUCAUAGGUUGCCGCAUGGAGGAGGAUCCAACACCGAUUCUUGAAAAGCUGCUUCACUUGAAGUCGGUUUUGUGUGAUUAUUACACCAUGACAUUCAUGUUGAAUUAUUGUUUACAUUUUCAAUUAAUGAAAAGUUAUUAGUUAUAUCCAA